AUGGAGGGACAUGAAAUUUUGGGGUUUGGUUUCUUUGUAAUUGGUUUAUGGCACUUUUUCAAUCACAUCAAACUCCAUUUUCUUUCUUCUUCUUCUCUCAAAUCCUACCCAUCAACCCUAUGGUUUCCAACCAAAGUAAGUAGAUACAUAGAGCUUCAUUUCAUUAUUGCAAGUUGCACAAUCUUCAUAGCUAUGGAACUUUUCAUCUCACCUCUUCAUCACCAACCAUUUGAUCCUAUAGAUGGAAGCAUUCCCUCUAACCACCUUCACAACUUUGAACACUCUUCCAUGGCUUUGUCUUUCUUACUCUAUGCUACAUUUGCUAUAAUUCUUGAUAGAAAAAUAACCAUUGCUAGAAAAACUCAAAAUGAAGUUACUCAUUUGCUUGCAGCUAUAGCAUUUACUCAAGAGUUUCUUCUUAUUCAUUUCCAUUCAAGAGACCACAUGGGGUUAGAAGGACAAUACCAUUAUUUAUUGCAAGUUUUGAUUUUUAUCUGUUUCGCGACAACCCUUAUGGGAAUUGGAUUUCCAACGAGUUUCUUGGUGUGCUUUGUACGUAGUGUUGGUAUAAUCUUUCAAGCUUUGUGGCUUAUGUUCAUGGGGUUCAUGCUAUUUACACCUGGCUAUCAACCCAAAGGUUGUUUCAUGAAACUAGAAGGGGAUCAAUAUGUGGUUAGGUGUAGUGAUCCAGAGGCUCUUCGUCGCGCUGUUUCGUUGGUGAAUAUUUAUUUCAGUUGGUUCUUGAUUGGUGUCACGGUUUUUGCAGUGUCGUUCUACUUGGUUAUGGCUAUGUGUUAUGGUGGAAAAACAGUGGAGUAUGUUUCAUUGAUUAAGGAGGAACAUUACCGCGAUGAAGAUGGCUUGAAAAAUUUCGAUGUUGAGUCACAAUGUCAAAAGAUCAACGCAAGCAUGGAAGAGAAAACUUGA